UCGCGGGUAUCGAUCGGUGCGGCAAACUCGACGGCGAAGUCGCGGCGCCGCGAGGUCGUUUCCACAGAAAAACAACACGGCGCGGCGUGGGUAGUUCUAAUGUGGCCGCCAUUGUACCACGACGCGCGAAAAUGUAACGCAAAAAUUGGUCCGACGUUCGAUAACAUUGUCAUCACCAUAAUCGAAAUGGAUAUCGGGAUUCUCAUUUCGGAGAUAAUUGAAGAUUACCUUGGAUCGUUGGAUGGUAGAUUCGUGCACUAUGACUUCGAAAGAGAGAUUCCCGGGCGGUCCGGCAGGUCGCAGUAGUGCCCCCAGGAGGUAUGACGCUGCCCAUCCAGCCGUUGUGCGGCGGUAAGCCGUCGUUACAGCUGCGCGGGGGCGGCGCACAGGGGCGGCGCAGGCCGGCCUGUCUGAGCGCCGCAUGGGCCGAUCCGCCGAUCAGCAGGCGGGAGCGGCGCCGAGCGAUCUGCUCGUGGUCCGUGGGAUACGGCACCCUCUCCGAGGCGGAGGAGACCGCCGUCGCAACGAUAGGCAACCAGGACAACACAACUUUCAAGAAAGGAAAAGUGGCUGAUCACGCCACGCUGCUGGAAACGCGCGGCCGCCGUUUAGUCACCGCCGUCGCCGUACCCCAUGCCGCUUCGCCCUCCACUCCGGCUCCCGCUCGUAGAACCCGCUCCCGAGUCGACCCCCUGCUGGCCAUGCCGGGCAUCAAGUCGCUGUUGAGCGGCGGCGGUCGUCGGCGCAACAGCGGCGACACGCAGGCGCCGCUCGUCAAGAGGGCCAACGGCAUCGGCGUCGCCGCCGCCACCGGCGAAUCCGUCCCCGUGGUCAAGUCGGCCAGCAGCCUGGCCAGCCUGAGGAAAUGCGAAACCGUGCUGGCCCUCACCGGAUACCUCAGAUCAUCGUCAUCUUCAAGCAGCAUAGAACCCCUUCAGCCGAUCAACAGGCUGAGGAAAUCCCCCCAUGGGUCCCACUCGCGGAUGUGCUCCCGCUGCUCAAGCCUCCUCACCUUAGCGUCGAGCUCGCGCUACUCCCUGAACUCCUCUACCGGUGGGUUCGUGCCCGUACCCCCAGAAGAUCCCCCUGUGCUCUGCAAGCUUUGCCUUGCCGAGGUGCCUUCCAACAAUGUAAUGCGUAUCCUGCAGUGCGAUUGUGCCUUUUGUACGGAGUGUAUGAAGGCAUACGUAGAAUUUGAAAUAUCAGAAGGUGCAUACGAGAUUUCAUGUCCGGAUGCACAGUGUCCCUCUCAGGGAGUUUUACAACAGGAAGAGAUAAAAAGACUGGCUGGAAGUGAUUUAUUAGAGAAACACAAAAAGUACCGAUUAAAUAGAGAAGUAGAGUUAGAUAAGACGCGCACGUGGUGCCCGCGGGCGGGUUGCGAGACUGUCUGCUCGAUGUGCCCGACCCAGAAGUGCGCGCCGCAGAGUGUCUUUUGUCCCACUUGCACGACGGACUUCUGCAGCAACUGCAAGCUGGAGUGGCACGAGGGGCUCUCCUGCGACGACUACGGCAAGCAGUUGGCCAAGGAGGGCAAGACUGAGGAGCCAGGGAUACCGUUCGACUCGGACCUGAUCAAGUGCUGCCCUAUGUGCAACGUUCCCAUCGAGAAAGACGAGGGGUGCGCCCAAAUGAUGUGCAAACGGUGCAAACACGUCUUCUGCUGGUACUGCCUUGCCAGUCUUGACGACGACUUCCUACUGAGGCAUUAUGACAAGGGACCUUGUAAGAACAAGUUAGGCCACUCGAGGGCCUCGGUGAUAUGGCAUCGAACUCAAGUAAUAGGCAUAUUCGCCGGAUUCGGUAUACUGUUGUUAGUGGCGUCGCCGUUGCUGUUACUAGCCGCGCCGUGCAUAGUGUGCUGCAAGUGUCGAUUUUGCAAUGCGGGGACCACAAAACUAGACAAUGAGGAUGAGGUUCCGGGGGAGGAAUCAUGAUGCGAGCGAGACUGAGUUUUUAAGAUGUUCACUGUGCUUUAAUCGUAGACGGUUCAUUUUCGACGUAGGUUUUUUAUGUUUUAAUCAAGAGAAACUACAAUAUAUUUUACAUCAGUAGUAUGUAUCGAAUCAGACGUUUGUAUUCUUUGAUUUUAAUUUUGUACUAUACGGAUAUAAAUACAAGUUAUUAAAUUUUGAGAGUUUUAUUUAAAUACUUCGAUCUAAAACACGUGUAACGAGUGGGAACUGUGAUAUAGAUACCCUUUCCACGAAAGAACACGAAAUUAUAUCGCUUUUUGGAAGGUUUAUAAAAUUUUUACGCAUCACUUUAUAAAAAUAAGUUUAAAAAGAAGACUUAAAAAAAUUGUUUUCUAGUCAUUAGUACUUCAUUAAUUGUUUACUCGGAUGGGAAUAUGUGAUAGUUUCUUUUGAUUAAUACCUGCUUUGGUCUAGUCUUAUGAAUUAAUGCAAGAGGGCCUGCGAUUUUGCGUGCAUCACCGAUGAGUUUUCCAUAGAAAAAAAAUGAGUUUUAACAUGGACGGAAUCUGUGAUAGAACUGUGAUUUGUAAUUUACCGUCUGUGUCUUAAACUCAUAGUACUUGUAUAUUUAUUUGUAAUCGUUAGCCGUAUGCCAUGGCCUAAAUUUGUUUAGGAUAUUUUUACAGCGAUAUAUAUUGGGUUGGAUCGUAGCACUGCCAUCUUUAACGAUUUCCUUGUGCAAACACACUCAUUGAUUUGUUCGACCAGCACAGUUUGAAUCACUACCGCUAACACAUUUAGUUGUUUCGACAUUAACACGGUAUGCAUAAUGGUUGGUUUGUUACCGUUCGAUUUUACGACUGUUUAUUAGAACACUGUGAGAUAUAAUAAAUAUAGUAGUGUUUAGAUGCAAUACCUAUUUUUUUAAUCAGUUAAUGUUAGGAGCUUACAGUUUUCUAAUAUACAUUUUAAAGGGACAGUGCUUCUUAACUAUACUCUCCUAGUUGGCUUGGCUGUUGCACUAGAAUUAUUCCCGGACGCAUUAUCAAGUACAAAUCGUCGUUUCUUAGAAUGGGAUUUCUCACCAAGCUUUUUAGGAGAAAAAUGGUCUAUAUUAUAGUUAUUUAAAUAUUAACUAUUGUACAACUUGUUAAGUUUUUUCCAUAUUAUUUUAUCGCAGUUGUGAUUUUUUGUUUAUUGUAAAUUUUUGUUAAUCCGCUGCUUUGUAAUAUAUAACCACCAUGUUACUACCUUUUAAGCUAUUUAAUGAAAGAGAAGCCCAUUUUUAAACGUGGAACAUAUUCUUAGAAGACGUUAUUCUAGACUUAACCAGUUUUUUAAAAAGCUAUAUACAUGUUUUUGGAGAUGAAACUACCAGUUUAUGUAUUUAACUCUUCAGAUAUCUCCUUUGUAAAAAUGUUUGUAAUAGAUGAGAUAUAUUACUACUUAUUGUUUUAUAUCAUGCAAAUGUAUAUAUUGUUAUAACUUAUAAAUAAUAGAUUAACUAGGUACUGUGUACUUAUUUAUGAUGAUAAAAAAUAAACACUGGUACUCA